AUGCCCCUGGAACUUCCCGGCUCAAAAGCAAGUAUGUACAACGCCAAUGCGUGGGGUGUCAUAACCGUACAACUACCUGUUGUAGCUGUACAAUUUCAUGUGCAAUGUGUUCAGAUUGUUAGGCCCGGCAUAUUCGUUUAUUGUACAGUGCAUUAUA